AUCCAAGACCUGCAGAGACAGAAGGUUUGGCAUUUCCUAUCCUCAUCAUGGCUGAGCUCCGACAGGGGGGAGGGGCUGACCAAGAAGACCCUCAACGCUGCCAAGAAGAAUGAGAUCAGAAGCUUUAGAAAUAUUUUCCAGACCAGGACGUCGUCAGGCUUUAGAGAUCAGCACAUCUGGGUGUCCAUCGUAGACCCUCCCUGGCGUAGCCCAUUCACCCGAGCACAGAGGGUGUCCUGCUGCAUGAGCCUCCUGCUCUGCACCAUGGCCAUCAACAUCGCCUUCUGGAAAAUCCCCAAAAACCAGCAGUCUCCUGUCAUCUUCACCAUUGGUUCGCUGGAGGUCACUUGGGAGGAGAUCAUGGUGGGGGUGGAAAGUGGUUUGCUCAUGUUCCCCAUCAACAUCCUCAUCAUCACCAUAUUCCGCAGCAUCAAGUCGCGAGUUGCCCAACCAAAGGAGAAGAACCACGAUAUGCAGGGCCUGAAACCCCUCGCUGUUACCAUGCCAACCAUUCUUAAGGUCCUCUCUUUCCAUUUUCAAAAUAAAGUGUUGUUGCUGUGCUAUAGUUCUGCGCUAUACUUUGUCUAUAACCUUCAAACACUCCCAUCGUUUAUUCCUUUCAGCUGGGCCUUCCUUUUUUCUUACCUCCAAGGCCAUACAAUAUCUUAUUGGUUAUAGCAACCAUUAAGAUUGGUAUUUGGUAUUUUAUUAGGAUCCCCAUUAUCUGUUGCAAUAGCAGCAGCUACUCUUCCUGGGGUCCACACAAAACAUGAAACAUAAUACAGAAUUACAUAAUACAAAACAGAAUUCGACAAGAACAACCUCAAGGACAGAACUACAUACAUUAUUAAGAUUGGUACUAGCAACUGUGUUUAUAUAUGUUCUGUCCUUAAGUACUGUAUUCCUGUGUGCUACGUCCCUAUCUAGGACACAGAGGAGAUGGUGAAUCUGCUCUGUAAGAGCCAGAAGAACAAAGUGCCUGAGCUGGAGAAGAAGCUGGAGUCAUGCGAUGACCUUUGCUCAGCCUUGGACAGAGUGCAAGGGGUCAUUCAGCUUAUGCAAGGGUUGAUCGAGGGUGACCCACACUGGGUCUACUGCAGCAAGUUUGUCCUGUACUUCCUCCACCACCUGUCCAUGUGCCUGGAGCGGCUGGAUGAGAGUGCCUUCCCCACCCCAGAGGCCCAUCAACACAUCCUGAACACCGUCCACCUGCUGCAGAAGAUGUCCGAGAUGGUUUUCACCAGCCACAUGGCUUACAGUCCUCCCCGUGUUGCUAGGGAGAAAAGGAAAAGCUCGAGCUGCUGGCUGCCCUGGUGGUUUGUGUUUGUGGGCUGGUUCUUGCUCGUCUCCAUCAGUGUGGUGUCCACGUACUUUACCCUGAUGUAUGGCUUUGCCUAUGGCAGGGAGAAAUCCAUCCAGUGGGUUAUCUCUCUGGCCAUGUCCCUCUUCCAGAGCAUCUUCAUCCUGCAGCCUCUUAAGGUAAUUGGUAUGGCGAUCUUCUUUGCCCUCCUCCUCAAACCAGUGGCAGUAGAAGACAGUGGGGAGGUUGGACUACUUCUGAAAGAACAACAGGAGAUGUGUAAAUUGUACUCCGGUAGGGAGAUACACUGAAGAAACACAAUUUAGCUCUACAUGCUGUCUCCAGAGGAUCAAUGGGGUUGGAAGACCUGAUGCCCUACAACAGACAUCCUCUGCUCUGCUGCACUGACUAUCAACGUGGCAAACUGAGAAUAUGAGUUCUUUGAAAAUAUAGUUGUUAUGUUUUUAUUGAAUACUUGUUACUCUUAUCUUAGAAAUGUAUAAGGCAUAAUAUGUAUGAAUGUACUGAAAACUACUGUAUCAUUUGAAAUUGUAAUAUUUAGUAAUAAACUGAUAGUUAGAAAUGUUUAUUCCUGUGGAUUGUAUGAAGUUACUCAAUGUAUGGAAUUACUCUGUAUAUUCUGUAUAUAUAUUACUCUGUAUAUAUAUAUCUCUAUAUUUAUUUUAUCACAAACCACUGAUAUAUUAUUUUACACUGUACAUUUAUAUGGACUUUUAAGUAACAUACA